AUGAAAAAUGUUGAUGAACAAAAACAAUUGACUAAAGUCUUACUUGCGGGUUUCCUAGCUUAUGUCUAUAAAGCAUCAGAGUUUACUGUAGUUUCUUUUCAGAACAAAUUAAUUGAAGGAUCAAAAGUUAGUAAUGAUGAUCAUGUACCUUGUUUAUCUGAGCAAAAUGUGAUUACUACGUGGCAAUUACCAUCAUUUACAUUUAAUAAUGUACACCAGCAGUUGAUCAGUAGAACCGCAGGCAGUUAA